AUGGCAUCUACCAACGUUACCUCAGACGAGGCUCGACGCGCUGCACAGAGCUACCUCAACAACCGCCUCACUACAAAGACAGAUGGCCCAUCUAGACCUUUCACCGUCCCCGUCAUCGACAUUUCCUCAACUUUCAACGGCUCUCUCGACGAUAAGAAAGCUGUAGCAGCUCAGAUCCGCGAUGCUUGUACCAACAGCGGCUUUUUCCAAAUCACUGGCCAUAAUGUGCCUGAAUCUGUUCGUCAGGGUGUUUUGAACCAAGCCUCUCGCUUCUUCAAGGAACUGCCUCCUGCUCAAAAGGAUGAGUUGCAUGUUAAGCACAAUGCUCUGAUGCGUGGCUGGGAACCUUCGGAUUACACCUACGUGAACCCGGAUGAUUGGGCCACUGCUGCAGUCCCAGAGACCAAAGAAGGCUUUAACUGGGGCUAUGAAGCCUCCCUCGAUCCCACAGGUGGAGAUGGGAAAUAUCGCGACUUGGAUGGUAGUACCGAGAAUGGCAAUGUAUGGCCCACCGAAUCCGCUCUCCCUGGUUUCAAGCAAGAUAUCGCCGAGUACUAUGGUCAAGUCCUGCAACUAGCCCGUCAUCUAUUCAGACUUUUUGCGCUGAGUUUGGAACUGCCUGAGAAUCACUUUGAUCAGAUGAUGACGCAUCCCGGUGGGAUUUCUCGUCUGUUGUAUUAUCCUCCGUCCAAGGAUCCCAAGCCGUUGGAUCCGAAUGAAGCGGAUAAGGAGGUUGGUCUGGGCUCGCAUACGGAUUAUGAGUGCUUUACGUUGUUGCUCUCUUCAACAACUCACGGACUGGAGAUCCUCACACCCGAGAAUGUCUGGACACCCGCAGCAGCUGCCGAAGGCGCUUUCAUCGUCAACGUAGCAGACUUUUUGAUGAGAUGGACGAAUGGAGUCUACAAGAGCACGAUUCAUCGCGUGGUCAACAGAACCACAAAGGAGAGAUACAGUGUUCCUUUCUUCUUCAGUAUCAACUAUGACCAACAAGUUGAGACCCUUCCCAGCUGUAUCUCAGACGACAACCCAUCAAGAUACCCUCCCAUUCGCGCUGGCGAAUAUAUCCUCGAGCGUCUCAAGGCCACUGUCAAAGAUGGUUAG